AUGGGUAAGAUCUUAUUAAUUAAUUUCAAAAAUAUUUAUCUUCUAUUUCGUAAACAUGUCGUUUUUGGUCAUGUUAUAUCUGGUCAAUCUGUAGUCAAUAUUGUUCAGAAUAUAUCAGUUGAUUCAAAUAGGCGAUCAUUACAAGAUGUUGUUAUAGCUCAUUGUGGACAACUUAUUCGAAACAAAAAAGCAAAAGAUGAUAAUAAUAGUCAAGAUUUACAUUCACAUAGACAUGGAAGAGAAAGAAAUCAUCAUGAUCAAACUCAAUCAACAUCACAACUUAAACAUAAAUCAAGAUCAACAACUACCAUUAAAAGUAACAAUGAUCCAUCUGAUCCAAAAGUUCUAGAAUGUUUGAAACUUGGCUGCCUUCUUAAGCGAUUGAUAUCAAUUUCAUCACAAGCAGACUUUACGAAUACGAGACAAAUUUUAGUAAAAGGAACACCAAAUUCUUCUCAUUUGAUCGACAAAUCAUAUUUGGUCCUCGUACCAAUACGUAAACCAAUAUCAGGAUGUAAUUAA